UUUUUGCUGCGCCAGUACGAAGUACACUGUGUGCGGAUCAGGAGCGACUGUUGUGCAAUAUUGCAUUUCACAAAUGUUAAUUUUCAGUUUUCGACAGUUAGCAUCGCGCGUGGGGCGGCCAUUUCCAGUGCAUGCGUGCCGCCCUAGCCAACCCAAGCACUGCGAUGUAUGGCACCGGCAGUAUGGCAGCCAGGCAAAGAUCAACAAAGACACGAUCGACCUGUACCGGCAGCAGUACGUGCGUGAUUCGUGGACGAACCUAACGCCGAAGGUGCUGUCCCAUCUCGACCGCAACCUGCAUCUGCAGCGCAACCAUCCGCUGUCGAUUGUGCGGGAAAAGAUUGUAAAGUACUUCUACGGCGCUUACCUGAGUCCGCGGGGCAACCCGCUGUUCAGCGUGUACGACAACCUGAGCCCGGUGGUGACGGUGGAGCAAAACUUUGACCAGCUGCUGAUACCGGCGGAUCAUCCGAGCCGGGCCAAGAGCGACUGUUACUACGUGAACAAGGACUAUCUGCUGCGUGCGCACACGACCGCCCACCAGGUGGAGCUGAUACAGGCCGGGCUGGACAACUUCCUGGUCGUGGGCGAUGUGUACCGGCGGGACGAGAUCGACGCCACGCACUACCCGGUGUUCCACCAGCUGGACGCGGUCCGAAUCGUGCACCAGGACAAGCUGUUCGAGCGCAACCCGGAGCUGAAGAUACACGAAACGCACUACAAAACGCACCUGUCGAACGGUAGCCCGACGACGGGCACGAGCAGCCCGCUGGCGGACUGUAUCGACCAGCACAAGCAGCCCUGCCACACGCUGGAAGCGGUGAAGCUGUGCGAGCACGAGAUGAAAAAGAUACUGAUCGGCAUGGUUCAGAAGCUGUUCGGGCAGGACAUCCAGUACCGCUGGGUGGACGGUUACUUUCCCUUCACGCAACCGUCGUGGGAGCUGGAGAUUUACUUCAACGGCAACUGGCUCGAGAUACUGGGCUGUGGCAUUACGCGCAACGAGAUUCUCGAGCGGGCCGGUGUGCAGAACUCGAUCGCGUACGCGUUCGGCGUUGGGCUGGAGCGGUUGGCAAUGAUCCUGUUCGACAUACCGGACAUUCGGCUGUUCUGGAGCACGGACAGCGGGUUUCUGAACCAGUUCCGGGACGAUCGGAUCGUGAAGUACAAACCGAUCUCGUCGUAUCCGCAGUGCAGCAACGAUUUGUCGUUCUGGUUGCCGGAAGGCAUGCCGGCGGACCAGUUUGCGCUGAACGAUUUCUACGACAUUGUGCGUAGCGUCGGUGGAGACAUUAUUGAACAGGUGACUUUGAUCGAUCGAUUUACGCAUCCCAAAACGGGCAAGAGCAGUCUCUGCUUCCGCAUCGUCUAUCGGCACAUGGAGCGUACGCUGACGCAGGCAGAGGUGAACGUGGUGCAUGCCAAGAUCGGUUCCGAGCUGGUAGCAUCGUACAAUGUUAGCAUACGAUAAGCAAAUGAAACAUUAAAUCGUUCACAUCCCCCUUGGGGUUGGAUGUAACUUGAAGUUGAA